GUAUGCGCCAUAUUACAAUCGAAUCGUUUUUAGCUCUCGCCUUUCUUUCUUCCGGUUUUAACGAAGGUCUUAUUUAACUGUACAAAAUGGCCAAGCGUACAAAGAAGGUUGGAAUCACAGGGAAAUAUGGUACUCGUUAUGGUGCCUCCCUUAGAAAAAUGGUUAAAAAAAUGGAAAUUACUCAGCACAGCAAAUACACUUGCACAUUCUGUGGCAAAGAUGCUAUGAAACGUAGUGUCGUUGGAAUUUGGUCAUGCAAACGAUGCAAAAGAACAGUUGCUGGUGGUGCUUGGGUGUACUCCACAACCGCAGCUGCAUCGACUAGAUCAGCUGUUCGAAGAUUGAGGGAAGUUAAAGAACAGUAAAUGUAUAUAAUAAAUAUGUUAACAUACAUUUUGUA